AGAUACGAGUAGAGUCACGGGACACACAAUGGAACAGGCUUCGGUCCCGUCUUACGUGAACAUUCCACCAAUAGCCAAAACAAGAAGCACAAGCCACCUGGCACCCACUCCCGAACACCAUCGAUCGGUGAGCUAUGAGGACACGACGACAGCAUCAACGAGCACAGAUUCGGUUCCAGAAGUUCGGAUUAGAUCUGAAAGUUCGCAGGUUUCACGUGAAUCUCCACCAAUCCGUGCGUCAAAGGCGUUUGUUGCAUCUUACGAGUAUGAAGCACAAAAAGAUGACGAGUUGAAUUUGCCACUUGGAGCGAUUAUCACACUGGUCACUGUUGAAACAAACGAAGAUGGUUGGUAUCGAGGUGAACUGAACGGAAAAGUCGGGUUAUUCCCUUCAAAUUAUGCGAGGGAAGUGACGUAUAAGGAUAAUUUGGUGGAGUUCAAACAGGAUGAAAUCAUGCUUCCAGUUGCUGUGAGAACAUUGUCCGAUUGUCAAAUUGGACAUGGUGCCACUGCGACCGUAUUCAAAAUGGAUAUUAAAAUUAAGAAGGAGUUGCAGAAUGGUCGAAUGGGAGAAGCAGUUGGUGAUCAGAUGAAAGCGGCACUCAAGCGAUUCAACAGACAUGCAUCUAAUUUUCGAGCUGAUGUAGUUUCGACGGAUGAGCAAUUAGAGCAACUGAAACGAGAAGCCAACCUUGUGAACGGUCUGUCCCACAACAACAUUGUCCGUUUGCUAGGAAUCUGUCUGGAAGAUCCGUAUUUCGGAUUGCUUCUCGAGCUGUGCGAGGGGUCUUCGUUGCGAAACGUUUGUCGAAAUUUAAACUCGGAUGCAGCUAUCCCAUUAGGAGUGCUUAUUGACUGGGCAACGCAGGUUGCAGAAGGAAUGGAAUAUCUAACCAAACAGGGAUAUGUUCAUAGAGAUUUGAAAGCGGAUAAUGUUCUUGUCAAAGAAGAAGUUUGUCUGUGCAUGGACGAGGAAAUGUUCCAGUAUGCCUAUUGUCUGAAGUGCGGAAAACGUCCAUUUGACAAGCUCCAACUAAAGAUCACCGAUUUUGGAGUUACAAGAAAGAUGACCGCCGAUGCCAAUAGAUUUAGUACUGCAGGCACCUACGCGUGGCUUGCUCCUGAAGCAUUUAAAGAAGGAACAUGGUCAGAGGCAUCAGAUGUCUGGUCGUAUGGUGUUGUUCUUUGGGAACUGCUCACACGAGAGGAACCAUAUCAAGGGCAUAUUCCAGCUACGAUUGCAUUUCAGAUAGCAAAUAAAGGACAAAAUUUGUCAAUUGGCGAUAGCUGCCCGGAUAGGUGGAAAAAAUUAAUGCAAGACUGCUGGAAUCUGGAACCAAAUUUUCGACCGAAGUUUUCAACACUUGCGAUUUCAUUUAAACAGUACGCCAAAGAGUUCAAAGACACACACUUACAACGGGCACCCUCGAAAAUGGCUGUCAAAGAACUUUAUUCCGAAUGCUUUGCUGAUAAGACCAAAGAGGAAUUCGAGAAACGAUUCCAUGAUCUUUAUGCGGGAAGUGGUGAUAUAAAUCGAAAAAAUCGGCAUUCCAUCGCGCCGGAAACCAAAGCAAGACGGUUAAAGCAUCAUAAACCAAAAAAAGCCGACAUAACGGGUCCGACAGAAGUGAAACAUAUAUUGUCUGUGCAAAAGGAUGAUAAAAAUUUUAGAGUUAAAACUUAUGAUCAGAGCUCAACUGGUGGAACACUCCCCCGGCUGAACGAACGUCAAUCGACACUAUCACUGAGCAGUCCCGAUCUUUUCCACAUCUCAAAUCUCAUUAGCGGAUCUAACACAGUCGGUCACAGUGCUCACCGGAUAUCAAGGAAAAAUGCGAUUCGGCAUAAAAAGAAUCAGCACAGGAUGUUCGAGUCACCGGUUGUCUCGCCAACAAUGGACGACUCCAACACUUUUUCAACAAUCGACAAUGCCGAUGAGGUAGACCCAAAUCAUUCGAAAGAAUCCAAAAAAGGAGGAACAUUAUCAAGAGCCUGGGCUAAACUACCAUGGAACAAGCGAGACUCAAAAGAGGAUCAUGAUGAAAGAGCAGUGGCUGGGAGCAUAUCAAGCAGAUCUAGUUCAACUACUUCUAGCAACAGGCUGAUUACCGGGCAAACAACAAGAGGAGCUUCUGCCGCCGGAUUGCUGGAAAUUGGAGCAAGAUCGAGAGCUCAAUCAACAGCUGAUGGAUGGGAAGAUCCUAAUACGACAAAGAAGCACAAAGUCUCACCUAGUGAUAAACGUCCCGUGAAAACUACUAACCAAACUGAACGAUAUGUCAAAGACCUCGAGAAAGAUACGCCUCUACGUCCUGCACAACUCCCUCCAACUCACCGGAAAAGUGCUCUGGAUCAGACGAUUCCUGCAAGUCCAAACUCUCCCGAUUCAAUCAAUAAUUUUCACCCAAUGCCUCUGUCUUCUCGACGAACAACUGCAAAUUCUUCAUCUGACGGAGCACCUUGCUAUGAUGCUUUGGUGUCGCAUUCGUAUGGAGCUGGCCAUGGGCAUAAAAAUCAUUUUGGUCUCUCCGACACCAUUCCCCUCUUCCCCGAAGAGCCAACCCAUUACGACAUGGGUCCAGGAAGACCGUUCGGAACGAAUGGACGAGCUAUAGUAAAUCAAGGAGGAGACUACUACGGUAAUAUAUCGGGUCAAAACUAUGAAGGAUUUGGUCACGGGCGGUCAAUUAAUCAAUCCACGCAGUAUUACCCAGUUGGCGGCGGUUGUGACGACUACAUACCAAUUGUUCAAAAAACUGUGAUCAAGCCAACAGUUGGAGAAGUCGGUAAUUCUCCGUACUCGGAAAAUAUACGGUGUGCAACAAGAAAUGUGCAGAAUCCUCAGUAUAUUCAGUGCAAGAAAAACCAAAAUCCAAGGCGUAUCCCAGCAUUGCCAAUGAAAAUUCAAUCGGAAAGCAACUUAGUGACAAGUGGAAUGGUGUUCACACCUCGUGAUGAACAGCUAAACGGAAUAGGAAACAGUCUGAGCUCGUUGUCACUGAACGAGCCGCCUGAUAUUCCGGCUCCCUUGCCACCAGUCGUCACCUACCCAAUACCAGCAUCUCUAAUAUCGCCAUCAAACCGUGUUUCAAUGUCCCCGCCGACUCGAAUGGCUCCAGUCUUACCCCUCGGCGCAAUGUCUUCUCCACGCAUAAUGGAUAAGGAGAUAUUGAAGAAUAGUAGUGUCGAAGGAACCGAGAUCUAUUGACAAAGAUCUAGAAUCCCAGCAUCUUCGUAAUUAACGAUGCUAUUGUACAUUUCUCAAGUUUUAUCCUCUUUUCUUUUUUACGCACUUCAUGUGUUUUCAAACAAUUUCUUUAUUUUCUCCGAGUUAGUUAUAUGUGUCAAUUUUUCCUCCUCAAUCCAUACAUUCCGUGAGUAUCUUUGUUACCAUAGCUCUUCCUAUUUUUGUCUCUUUUCUCUUCAAAACGUGUACAAACCCAUUUUUUUCACCCCCGAAUCCCACUCCAAUCAUCAUCAUCGUCGUCGUAAAAAAAACUGUGUAGUGAUGAGUAAUCGUAAAAUCAAAUUUAUUUUUUUUGCAUCAGAAUUCAAACAUUAUUUUUUUCUUUUAAAGUGAAGCCACACAAAUAAACAAGUGAAUACUUUC